UGGGAUAGACCAGGCUAUAAACAUUCGGCUGCGGCAGCAAUCCUGUCGCUCUCCCUCCCUCUCCACUUGUCAUGCGGUAGUCGGGGCAGCGCAGCCUUGAUUCGGGUAUGAAGAUGCCUUCUUUGGGAGUGGAAAAUAGCAGAUACUCCGGCUCCGCACCACAUCGGAGACCCGCUUUCCCCUCACGCUGAAGAACUGGGACAAAAAAAAUCUCUUCUUGGCUGUUUAGAGAAGGGGGGGAGGAAAGAGAGAGAGAGAGAGACUGUACACUUAGCGACGGGGCUCGUGAACACGCACCUGCAGGCUGAAGACAUACUGGAUUAUUAUGCUGGACUUCAAAAAAGGGGCGAGGGCAGGGCUGGCGAUGUGAAAUGAGAGGGUUUGGAGGAUCGCUGGAGCGCUGGAGGAGACCCAUCCUAGGAGCAGAGCGCCGAGGGGCAGGAGCUGCCUGCAGAGAACUGAAGGCUCGCCUUCCGCGCCUGACAGCCCUGGAGAUCGGACUGGCUUCAUCCAGCAACCGCGGCUCCUCUACCUGUGACCACCGUCACCCUGCGGCUAGUCCGGGGAUGCCGUUAUUUACCGCCUCCGUUUAAUCUGGGAUGAUACUUCCGACUUCGUGCGCGGACGAUUUCUAAAGGCACUGAUACUGUCAUCAAUAACGAUCGCAAUAGUAUCUGGCUAUUUUGUUGUGAAUUGCGGCUACCCAAAAAAACUGUUUUUUUGAUUUUGCUGCAAGACGUGCUGCGUAUUUUCUGCGCUAAUAAUCACGAAUAAAUCGAGGGACUCGGGAAAAGUGCGUUUCCAAAGAGGAGGACAACGAAAACUGGACCGUCAUAUAGUAGCUGUCCUUUCAGUGUUUACUUUUUGGUAACCUUGUUAUAUUUCUCUGUAUUUUUUUUUCUCGAGUAGGCUUCUUUAGGUUAUUAGGUAAAUGGAUGCUCAUGAGCGCCCAGAACACUUGUCCCCCAAUUGAACGGAAUAAUAUUGUGCAUUCCCCUCGCUAACUUUUGAUCUCCGGGCUGAUUAGGGCUUAUAUAAAUCCACUUCUCUUUUGCCCGGAAGGGGCUUUACCCCUACCAGUAAAGCAGCGAAAGAGCUGCAGGAUCAUUCGUCGGGACUGAGGAGAAUGCAGGCCGGGAUGAGGACGCUAUGUGCCGGCAGUGGUGCGUCUCUUUGCUGCCUGCUUCUGCUGUGGGUAAUUUACUCCCACCUUCUGAAGGAAGGCCAGCUGGCAGUAGGGACGUGUGAGAUCGUGAUGCUGAACCGGGACAGCAGUCAGCCGAGACGCACCAUCGCCCGUCAGACGGCACGCUGCGCCUGCCGGAGGGGCCAGAUCGCCGGGACCACCCGAGCCCGCCCCGCCUGCGUCGAUGCACGGAUCGUGAAGAGCAGGCAGUGGUGUGACAUGGUGCCGUGCUCCGAGGGCGAGGUGUGCGGCCUCCUCUUCAACCGCUCCGGCUGGACCUGCACCAAGGGUGGCGGCCGGAUAAAGACCGUCACGCCUUUGCCCAAGGAGCCAUCUUAAAGCAUUCGGAAGCCAAGGGGAGGUUUUUAGGCAGUCACGGAAAGAGGGGACCAGGAAUCAUUCACCCAGCCAGCAUCAUUUUCUCCAUUCACCCGCCUCACCCCGCCCCCACCUCCUCCAGGGGAACCUUCCAUCUGCCACGGACAGUACUUUAGCCCCGCCCACAGCCACGCCACACCCAUCUGAGAAGGGAGAGAGGCUUAAUUUCAAGGUGAAGACCUUCCAAGCUAAAGAGUCUGUAGAUAUAAGGGACACACACUCACAGACUGAAAUACUGCCAUCUCCUCCUGUCUUCUCUCAGCGGGAAAAAGGCACCAUCAGGUGGAAUGGAUGCACUGUACCUGUUUCUCUCUAUGGUGGCCGAGACAUUUGGUGCCCACCAGUCCCCCCCCCCCACCAUCUCACUGGUGAUGUGAUGCCCCCAUUUAAGAAAAAAAAAGCGAGAGAAAGAGGGAAGACAUUGCGUUUUGGAAAGAGGACUGAAGCAUCGGUGGCAGUGGUUCUCCCUGACAAAUGCCUCCCUCACAUGUGUAAAAAGUCCUGGAUGUUCCACCUUUCGGCCGCUGCGGAGUAGGACAGAGCGCCUUAUCUCACGGGAGACAGCACAGCGAAAGACUGCGUCUGGCAGAAGGGCGUCGCUGUGGACUGUCGC